CAAUUGUGACCAUGCAUAUGGCCUCACUAGGUCAUGGCCUUCCUGACGACCAAAGCCCUGAAGCUGUGGCAAACUGGCUCCAACAGUUUCCCCAUGCAAGACCUCAGUUCACAACACUUCACUUCUACCUUAACAACAUCCUCAAAAAGGAUCCUCCGGCGAGUACCCCGGUUGCCAAGGCCAACACGACCGACUCCACGCCAGUUACAAGCUUCGGUUUAGUGAGAGCAAUAGAUGCUCCACUAACCAACCAAUCAUUGACCGACAACCCAGAGGCAAAGGUUAUCGGUUAUUGUCAAGGGCUCUACACAUUUGCCUCGCAAGAAGAAAGGGCUACCCUCAUGACCCUUAACUUCGUCUUUACCGACGGUCAGUUCAAUGGUAGCACUCUUAGCAUCUUUGGGCGUAAUUUAGUGACUGCUAAGUACCGGGAGUUUUCAAUCAUCGGCGGGUCCGGUGAUCUCCGGAUGGCACAAGGUCUUGGUACCGCUAGCACUUAUUUUCGUGAUCCCGUCAUCGGAGAUAUUCUCGAGAUGAGUUUCGCGUUCUACCGUUACACUCUCCCUGGUCCACCUAAUUGAAAAAGAAUAAUGAUAGGUACAAGGAUUAGAAGGAAAAAUGACAAAGAAAUGAUC